AUGACCGACACCGCUGCCCCUCAGGCUGCGGCUGCGGACGGCCCUCUUCCGGCCACCGCAAACGGGCACUCGUCGUCAACCCCUAGCUCGAACAAUGCCGAGGCCGCCCGCUACUCGUACGCCCGCGCCAUCCUAGGCGACGCCUGCUUUGACAAGGUCGCAUCGGCCCGCCUCCUCGUCGUCGGCGCGGGCGGCAUCGGCUGCGAGCUCCUCAAGAACCUCGUCCUCGUCGGCUUCGGCAACAUCGAAAUCGUCGACCUCGACACCAUCGACCUCUCCAACCUCAACCGCCAGUUCCUCUUCCAGAAGCAGCACAUCAAGAAGCCCAAAUCCAUCGUCGCAAGGCAGACGGCCAACUCCUUCAACCCGCUCGUAGACAUCCACGCUCACCACGCAAACAUAAAGGAGCCCCGAUUCGGCGUCGCCUACUUCCAGCGCUUCGACAUCGUACUCAACGCACUCGACAACCUCGACGCGCGCCGCUGGGUCAACCGCAUGUGCAUCGCCGCAAACGUGCCCCUCGUCGAGAGCGGCACCACCGGCUUCCUCGGUCAGGUGCAGCCCAUCCAAAAGGACGUCACCGAGUGCUACGACUGCACCGCAAAGCCCGUGCCCAAGACCUUCCCCGUAUGCACCAUCCGCUCCACGCCCUCGACGCCCAUCCACUGCAUCGUGUGGGCAAAGAGCUGGCUCUUUACCCAGCUGUUUGGCGCAGAUGACGAGACCGAGGACGACCAGGAGCUCGACAAGGCCCGCCGCGAGCAGCUGCACCGCGCGGCGCGGCGCGUCUUUGACAAGGUCUACAAGGGCGACAUCCUGCGCCUGCUCGGCAUGGACGAGAUGUGGAAGCACCGCCCCGUCAAGCCCGUCCCGCUCGACUACGACGCCGCCAGCAAGCCCGUCGAGGGCCAGCCAGACGGGGACGCGGCCGCCGACGAGGGCCAGAAAAGGGCCGCUGCCGAGAAACAGACCAGCCUCAAGGACCAGCGGCAGCUCAGCCUGCGCGAGAAUGUCGAGAUGUUUGCGUCGAGCCUCGCAUCGCUGGCGAUCCGUGCGGCCGCCAACCCGUCGGACCCGCUCUCGUUUGACAAGGACGACGACGACGCGCUCGACUUUGUCACGGCCGCGUCCAACCUGCGCUCGCACGUCUACUCGAUCGAGCAAAAGACGCGCUUCCAGGUCAAGGAGAUGGCCGGCAACAUUAUCCCGGCUAUCGCAUCGACCAACGCCAUCAUCGCGGGCGUGCUCGUCCUCCAGGCGCUCCACGUGCUGCGGGCGCGCUGGCAACGCGAAAGCGGGGGCGUGGCUGUGGGCGGCAGCGCGGCAGGCGAGGGCUCGACGCCGGCACCGGGAGUGGGAGCGGCCAAGUACGUCAGCCUGGCGCGCACGACGCAGCGGAUGCUGACGAGCAUCGCGCCGGCACCACCGAACCCAGAGUGCGGCGUGUGCCGCGACGUCUACGUGCCGCUGCGCCUCGACGCGAGCAGCGUGACGCUGGGCCAGGUGCUCGACGGCUUUGUGCGCCGUCCGCGCGCCCAGGGCGGUCUGGGGAUGGCCGACGGUGACGGCGACGACGGCGACGGCGAGUCCGCCUUGGGCCUCGAGACGUACGAGUCGGCGCGGCUGCUGAGCGAUCCGGACUUUGACGACAACCUCGGCGCGACGCUCGAGUCGCUCGGCGUGGGUGCCGGCAAGAUGCUGACGGUGACCGACGAGGAGGGCGUGUGGCAGGCCGUCAACCUCGUCAUUGUGCCGCUGCGCGAGGGCGAGACGGGCCUGGUCGUCCCGCAGCCGGGCGAGGUGCCAGAGCUCAAGAAGAAGGUGCACCCGCCCCCUACCGCUGCUGCUGUCAAGGAGGACGAGGAGCAAACACGUGUCGAGGACGGCGAGGAUGAUGAUGUCGUCGAGGUCCUCGACGUCCCUCUCACGACGACGACGACGGCGAGGCGAAAGAGGGGUCUGGAAGAGGUCGAGGCCGAUUCGUCCACGCCGGACGUCGACGACGCGACGAAGCGCAAGCGGGCCGACGGGGAUGGAGCACGAUCCACCGCCGCCGACGGCGAUGUCGUCACUGGCGGUAGCAGCAAAAAGGUCAAGGUCGAUGCGGGGGAUGCGGACGUGGUCAAGGGGAGCACCGAGGCCGAGGCGAUUGAACUCGAUUAG